AUGGUCAAUGAAAUGUGCAUCAACGAUCACUUAACCAUUGACCGGUUUUCGGUUAAAUCAUUUUAUCGUAACACUUGUAUUCUAGUGACGGGCGGAACUGGUUUUGUGGGAAAAGUGUUAGUUGAAAAAUUGCUGAGAACUUGUGAUUCAUUACAAUGUAUUCAUUUGUUAGUCCGCACAAAACAUGGUCUACGUAUCAAAGAAAGAUAUCAUAAGUUCAUACAAGAUACGGUAUUUGAUCGCGUACGAGAAUCAAAUCCGGAGUAUUUGCAAAAAAUAGUAUUCAUUGCGGGCGAUUUAUCGAAAGCGAAUAUCGAUAUAUCGAAUGAAGACUUACACAUACUCAAGAAAAAUGUGAAUAUUGUUUUUCAUUUGGCAGCAACUGUGCGUUUUGACCAAAGUAUCAAAGAAGCGAUCAAUUUAAACACUUUAGGUAGCAUGCGACUUUGGGAUUUAUGUUCUCAAAUGCAAAAUCUACGUAGUAUUAUACACGUUUCAACGGCGUUUACCAAUCCGACUCGUACAAAUGUGGGAGAACAUGUGUAUCCACCAAAAAUUGAAAUGGAUGUAAACACAUUUAUCAAAUGCGCUGAUGCGUUGCGAGAAGAUUUAGUGACGAAAAUUGCAACACAUUUGCAUGGAAAUCAUCCGAAUACAUAUACGAUCACAAAAGCAAUGGCCGAACAAAUGGCAGCACAAUAUCAUUGUAAAUUGCCAAUAACAAUUAUACGACCAUCAAUAGUAACAUGUGCUCUAGCCGAGCCAUUUCCAGGAUGGAUUGAUAAUGUCAAUGGAAUAACUGGAAUGAUAAUGGAAAUUGGACGUGGCACACUAAGUAGUAUUAUGUGUGAUAGUCGUCUUGUUCUUGACGUCAUUCCCGUUGAUAUUGUUUGUAAUAUGAUGAUAACAGCUGCAUGGCUUAAUUACCUUAAACAAAGCCCAAACAUUCGUGUAUACAACUGCAUAUCGGGUCAACUGAAUGCAUUGGAUUGGGAGACGUGUCGUCGAAAGGUGUUGAAAUAUUCACGCAUUUAUCCUAGCAAAUAUGUAAUUAUGUAUCCGAAUGUUUCGUAUCGAACCAAUCGACUUGUACACUUUUUCUACGAAAUAUUUUUGCACUUUUUACCGGCGUACAUGUAUGACUUUUUACUUCGAUAUAAAGGGUUGAGGCCGAUCAUGUUUAAAAUUGCCAAACGAUAUAAGUCGGUAGCUGAUACUGGAGAAUUUUUCGCAAGGCACGAAUAUACAUUCGAAGUGAACAAUGUAAAUGAUUUGCUUCAUGAAAUUUCGAUGGCUCAUGAUGGACACGAAUUCAUGUGCGACGUUAAAAAAUUAGAUUGGGACAAGUAUCUAAAGAGAUAUGUGUGCGGCAUUCGAAAAUAUCUUUUCAAAGAUGAUGAUUCGACGAUUGAUCAAGCACGUCAAACAGUCCAAAGAUUGUAUGCACUAAAACUGAUUAUCCAAACAAUAUUUUUUGGGACAAUUUUAUUUUUCAUUUACAAAAUACUUCUCCUAUGUAUUAUAUGA